AUGGCCAGCACAAGUGAGAAUGCAAGAAAAAUAGCAAUUUUAUUAAACUUAAUUGGAGAAGAAGCUUUAGAAGUUUACAAUACAUUUGAUAUUGCUGAUAAUAAAGCAAAAGUUUAUGAUAAUGUAGUAAAAUCAUUUGAAACAUAUUGUAAUCCAAAGAAAAAUAUAUUAUAUACACGUUUUUUGUUUUACAAUAGAAAACAAAAAGAUGGUGAAUCAUUUGACAAUUUCUUAACAGAAGUAAGAACUUUGAGUCUAAAUUGUGAGUUCACAGAUAAAGAAGAAUUACUUCGUGAUAAAAUUGUGCUGUGAACAAAUGAUAUUGAGACACAGAAAGAAAUUAAAAUGGGUGAUUUAAAUUUUAAUGAGGCUAUAGAACAUUUAAGAAUAGCUGAAAUUAAAAAAGUUCAAACUAAACAAAUACAAUCUGAAGUAGAAGCCAGUGUUGAUGCAAUACAGCAGAAGAAAGAGAAUCAAUUUCAAGGAAGGACAACAUAUGGAAAAAACAAAAAAUCGGAAAGACAAGAACAGCAGUUCAAGAAAAGUUAUGACAAUCGGUACAAGCACGAGUCCAAAGAUUCAAAGAUAAACUGUAUGAAAUGUGGCAAGAAACAUACAGAACCAGAAAGUUGUCCAGCAAUAGGAAAGAAAUGCCUAAGGUGCGGUAAGGAUAAUCAUUUUUCUCAGGUAUGUAGAACAAAUUUUAAUAAAAACAUUGUAAGAGAACUUAAAUAAAUAAAGUAGAGGAUUUAGCGUCUUGUGACAGUGAAAAAGAAUAUUUUUGUGAUUCAAUAACUAAAAUGAAUUAGACAAAUUAAUCAGUUUACUUGGGUAGAAAAUGUGUUGGUUAAAAAUAGGCUAUUAAUAAGAUUUAAAUUAGAUUCUGGAUCUGAUGUAAAUAUAAUUUCAUAUUAAACUUAUAAUCAAAUUGUAAAAUCAAUUGACAAACACAUAAGAAUACAUAAAAAAAGAUAAGUGUAGAAGCGUAUGGAGGUACAAACAUUGAAGUGUUAGGAAUAAUUAAAUUGAGAAUAAAUUUAUUAAAUAAUAAAAAUGUCAUGUC